AUGACAGACACUAUUCUUGAAAGUGAGCAAACAAAGUAUACUCACCCGGAUGUGAUUAAUGCGGAGCCAGACAGAAUUAGUUGUUUACCGGGUCAUGUAAUAGACCAAAUUUUGUCUUCCUUACGAAUUAAGGAAGUAGUAAGAACGAGUAUUUUAUCAAGCCAAUGGAGGAACAAAUGGCGCACAAUGCCAAAUCUUGUGUUUGAUAAACAUUGUGUCUCUAUUGCAGCAUCCCAACACCCUUCAAUUUAUAAUAUAGAAUUUUUGAGAAUUGUUGAUCAUGUACUUUUAUUUCAUUGUGGACCAAUCAUCGAGUUCGAGAUCUCUGACUACGAUCCUAGUCACAUUAAUGUGAGUCCUGAUAUUGAUCGGUGGAUUCUUUAUGUGAUUGAAAGGUCAAUUAAAGAGCUUGUAUUGGACGUUGGGCUAGAUGAACACUAUAAGAUACCUUUGUGCUUAUUCUCUUGCCAAAGUUUAGAUUGUUUACAAUUAUUCUCUUGUUGGCUUAAACCUCCAACAACGUUUGAAGGAUGGAGGAACUUGAGUGGUCUUAAUUUGCAUAAUGUUUCUAUAACUCAAGAUGAUCUUGAAAAAUUGAUAUCAUGCUGCCCUCUGCUUGAAAGAUUGAUGUUGACUGAUGUUGACAACAUCACCCAACUUAAUAUUCACGCACCAAAUCUUAAGUAUUUUGACAUCUUGGGUAAAUUUGAGGAUAUUAAUUUUCACAACACUUUCCAAAUAGAUAUGAUACGCGUUAGUUUAAGGUCGUAUUUGAACUUUAAAAACAAUCAAAGUAGAUUGCACGGAUGCUCUAGCAAUUUGCUCAAAUUUUUUGAUCAUCUAACUCACAUACAAAGUCUAAGGAUUCACAAUUAUUUUUUGAAGUAUUUGGUUGCAGGAGUUGUGCCGGUAAAGCUUUCUACACCUUGUAUCUAUUUAGAUGAUCUUUCCUUAUGCAUAAACUUCAAUGACUUAAAGGAAAAUUCAGCUACUCUUUGCUUGCUCAGAAGCUCACCUAAUCUUCGAAAAUUAGAAAUAUUUGUGAGAAUAAACAAACAACAGACGUCUACUCUCAUUGAUGCGGAGCCGGACAGAAUUAGUUGCUUACCGGGUCAUGUAAUAGACCAAAUUCUUUCUUCCUUGCCAAUCAGGGAAGCAGGAAGAACGAGUGUUUUAUCAAGCCAAUGGAGGAACAAAUGGCACACAAUGCCAAAUCUUGUGUUUGAUAAACAUUGUGUCUCUAUUGCAGCAUCCCAAGACCCUUCAAUUUUCAAUAUAGAGUUGUUGAGAAUUGUUGAUCAUGUACUUUUACUCCAUUCUGGGCCAAUCACCAAGUUUGAGAUCUCUAACUACAAGCAUAGUCACAUUAAUUUUAGUCCUGAUAUUAACCGGUGGAUUCUUUAUCUGAUCGGAAGAUCCAUUAAAGAGCUUGUAUUGGACGUUUUGCUAGAUGAACACUAUAAGAUACCUUGGUGCUUAUUCUCUUGUCAAAGCUUACAGCGUUUACAAUUAAAUUCGUGUUUGCUUAAACCUCCAACAACGUUCGAAGGCUGGAGGAACUUGAAAUAUCUUCGUCUGGAUUACGUUACUAUAACUCAAGAUGCUCUUGAAAAAUUGAUAUCCGACUGCCCUCUACUUCAAAGUUUGGUUUUGUUGGAUAUUGACGUCACUGAGAUUAAUAUUCACGCACCAAAUCUCAAGCAUUUUGACAUUAAUGGCAAAUUCGAGGAUAUUAGCUUUGACAAAACUUUCCAAUUAGUUACGGUAUACGUUGAUUUAAGUUUGUAUUCGAACUCAAAAAACAAUCAAAGUAGAUUGCAACGAUGCUCUAGCUAUUUGCUCAAAUUUUUCUAUCAUCAACGUCGCAUACAAACUCUAGGGAUUCACAAUUAUUCUUUAAAGUAUUUGGCCGCAGGAUAUGUGCCGAUAAAGCUUCCUACACCUUGUAUCUAUUUAGAUGAUCUUUUCUUAUGCAUAAACUUCAAUGACUUGAAGGAAAUUUCAGCUGCUCUUUGCUUGCUUAGAAGCUCCCCUAAUCUUCGAAAAUUAGAAAUAUCUGCACGGAUUGAGGAGCAGACUGUCCUUUUAACAUCAACAUCCUAUUGUUGGGAAGAUAUCUUUUCGAGGAAAGCCAUGCCCAUCAAAGUGCGACAUAUGAUGAUAGAUGGCAUCUCUGGUACAAAAUCGGAAUUAGAUUUUAUCAAAUUUCUACUUCUAUAUUCUCCUGUGCUCGAAAAGAUGAUUGUGAAGACUAGUGGAAAUGUCACACCUGAGUUGAUAAAAGCACUAAUUCAGUUCAAAAGAGGAUCGGUUGAAGCUGAAGUUAUCUGGGAUGACUCUGCAUAAUGAUUUUUACUCUUGGGAGGGAGAAUUAAUGCCAAUUAUUUUUAGUCUUUCAAAAAUGGGGAGUGAUUCAAGUUUAAUAUGUACAUGCAUGUUUCAAAAUACUUUUAUCAGAUGGUUAUGAUUAGUAGGUAAUCAAAAUUUAUAUGGUUCUAACGCAUGAAGGAUUUAUAUGCAGUAAUUGUUGAGGAUACAGUGGAAGUAUUUUUUAUGCGCAUCUUUUA